AUGGGAAGAGGAAAAUACAAGAGCAAGCCCACCGGUCGCCGCCAGUUCUCCACCCCAGAAGAUCUCCUUGCUGGAACCUCUAAUCGACCUCGAACUUUUAAGCAGAAAGAAGCUGAGCAUGUAGAAGAGGAAUCCGAGGAAGUAUCUGGGGAAGAAUCUGAAGAAGAAACUUCAAAGAAAAAAGGAACUCAAGGGAUCAUUGAAAUUGAAAAUCCUAACUUAGUAAAGCCAAAGAGUGUGAAAGCUAGAGAUGUUGAUGUUGGAAAAACAACAGAACUUUCAAGGCGUGAAAGGGAGGAGCUAGAGAAACAGAGAGCCCAUGAGCGCUACAUGAGGCUACAAGAGCAAGGGAAAACAGAACAAGCAAGGAAAGAUUUAGAACGUUUAGCUCUUAUACGUCAGCAAAGGGCAGAGGCUGCUAAAAAGAGAGAAGAAGAGAAAGCUGCUAAAGAGCAGAAGAAGGCUGAAGCGCGCAAAUACUACAAUUCAUUAGUUUUGAGAAAAGCACAUUUGACUAAAAAACUAUCUGAUUUGGAUCACCUCAACGAUCAACAACAGCUUAAAUCCAUCAAUUGCUUGUCCGCUGCGGAAGAGGUGAUAGAGCACUUGAAGACAGAAAAGGAAGAGCUUCUCGGACAAGUCAAUGACUUGAGAACAGAGCUUGCUUCGCUAAGGCUGCAAAAGACAGACAUACAGCGGACUGUCAGAGACUUUUGGUGGAGGAAAACCAUAAAAGAAGCAAGGUUUGAUGAUGUUUCUUAUUCAUCUGUUGUGAAUGCAAAUGCAGCUCUUUCUGAAGAAGUUGAGAAAUUGCAGCAGCUUCGCCAUGAAGGAACGUUUCGAGAUUUUAAUAACAAUAGUAGGAUCAUGACUGUAGAUGAUCAUACGGGGGCUAAUGUUCAAUCAGGCACUGAUUUACAGGAUAGUGGUCGUGGUGACUGGCUUAUUCAGGUUCUUUUUGAGUAUGCACUGGGCAUGAAAUUAUCCACUUACAAUCAAACUGGACGAAUAUGCCUCUCUGCACUGCAUCAAUCAAGCGGUUACUCCCUCCGUUUAUCAUGGAUAAGCAAAUCCCCUGAAGAAGAAGCAGAACUGAUGUAUCAUACUUUAUCUCUGGGUACAUUUGAAAGAGUGGCACCAGAAUGGAUGAGGGAGGAUCCCAUGUUUUGA